AUGUCCAUACAGUUUCCACGGCCAGCACCAUGGAGGAACAACAAUAUGACCCUACCACAAAAAGAAAAUCCACUGUCGGAGCAAGGGGAGACAAUAAUAGGCAUCUAUCUACUUUGUCUAGGAUGGAUGUCAUGGUUUGGAAACAGUAUUGUCAUUUUUAUCUUGUACAAGCAGAGGAACAGUUUGCUGCCCACAGAUUAUCUUACUUUUAACCUGGCAGUUUCUGACGCCAGUAUUUCUGUAUUUGGUUAUUCCAGAGGCAUUAUAGAAAUCUUCAAUGUUUUUAGAGAUGAUGGCUUUCUCAUUACCUCAAUAUGGACAUGCGAGGUGGAUGGAUUUCUCACACUGCUUUUUGGUCUGGCCAGUAUAAAUACCCUUACCCUCAUUAGUGUAACUCGCUAUAUUAAAGGUUGCCAUCCACAAAGAGCAAACUGCAUUAGCUUUGGCAGCAUUACAAUAUCAUUGGUGCUGAUCUGGAUUGCAGCCUUGUUCUGGUCAGUGGCUCCUUUACUAGGUUGGGGAAGCUAUAGGGAUCGGAUGUAUGGAACUUGUGAAAUUGACUGGUCCAAAGCCAGUUUUUCCACAAUUUUUAAAUCCUAUAUUGUGUCCAUUUUUAUAUGCUCCUUCUUCUUACCUGUGUUGGUUAUGGUUUUCUGCUAUAUUUCCAUAAUUAACACUGUUAAAUCAAGCCGCGCUUUAACUACGGAAGGGAAUUUAUCAGAAAGACAAAGGAUGGUGGAAAGAGAUGUAACUAGGGUGUCAAUUGUGAUUUGUACAGCCUUCAUAAUUGCUUGGUCUCCAUAUGCUGUUAUAUCUAUGUGGUCCUCAAGUGGAUAUUAUGUGCCUAGUCUUACUAGCAUAUUGGCAAGCCUCUUUGCAAAAUCUGCCAGUUUUUAUAAUCCCCUCAUCUACUUUGGGAUGAGCUCCAAGUUCAGAAAGGAUCUAAGCAUCUUGCUUCCAUGCACUCAGAAGAGUGGCAAGGACCCAGUCCGACUGAAACGUUUCAAACGUCUAAAGCACAAACAGGAACCUGUUCAACAAUUGAGGCAUGAGAAAUGCCUUGAACAUCCAGAAGGACAAGUCGCACCAAGUCAUGACUCUGGGGUGGGAAGCCCUAGCAAUAGCCCUCCACUUGAAUUGAAAGAUGUCUACAACUGUCAUCUAACUAUAACACCUGAAAACCCUAGUUAUCAAUGUGAUCGAUUAUGA